AUGGCUCAAAAGCGCCUCAUGCAGGAGCUGAACCCGCUUCAGAGAGAGAAGUGGCUGACCAUUAGGAUGGAUGAUAGCAACAUGUUCAAGUGGUCGAUCGGUCUUUGGGUUGUCAACCCUGACAGCGUCUUCUACGGUGCAUACCUCCGAAGCGAAAUGCGAUUCCCUCACGACUACCCGUACCAGCCGCCCACGUUCCGAUUUACCACCGAAGGCAUCACACACCCCAACGUGUACCCGGAUGGCACCCUUUGUAUCUCCAUCCUCCACAAGCCAGGCGACGACGAGCAGUCCGGCGAACUAGCCAACGAGCGAUGGAAUGUGCUGCAUGGUGUGGAGUCGGUUCUGCGCUCCGUUUUGCUUCUCUUGGACGAUCCCGAGAUCAACUCACCUGCCAACGUCGACGCCAGCGUGCUCUACCGGGACGAGCGAGAAAAGUACGACGCGCUAGCCAAGGAAAUCGUACUUAUCUCGCAGAACGAAGCUCCGACAGGCGUCAGGAUGCCUACCCCAGCUGAGCUUGCACCAGUGCCACAAAAGAUUGUCGAGGAUGACGAUGACUUUUGGAACCCGUCCGAGGAAGAGGAAGACUUUGGAGGUAGCGACAGUGACAUGGACGAUUUUGAGGAAGAAGAAGACGACGAAGAAGAUGACAAGGAAUGA